GCCGGAAGUAGUAAACAACAAACAGAGCACCGUUUUUAAGUCCACGUCAAUUCCUUCAUUUCUACCGUAGUGUGUACAUUGUUAUUGUACAAAUGUACAUAGUUAAUUCUGCAUUUCAGAAUCAACUCGUCUUAGUAAACUUUGAAUCUCCUCGGGCUGUCUUAGCUUGCUAGCUACUAACAAAGAGACGCGGAAGUGAUAAAGUGUAAAGUGGGAUCGUGUGAAAAUGUGCCAAGUCCAAAUGCUGAGAGCGUUGGUGAAUCAGCGACUAACUGCGGCUGUUGAAGAAAUAUUUGUAGUGUUGGAAAGAACCAUAGCAGAGUACGAGGAGGAACUUUCUCGAACAAAAGAGGAGAACGAGCGACAACGUCAACUACUGGACGCCGUUUUCAGGAAGCAACGAGACGAACUAGACAGACAAGACAUCAUUGAAGAACAUCUUCCCCCUAAGCAUCAGGAGUGGAGCUUCCUGGUGGAGCAGGAGGAGCCACGGAUUAAAGAGGAAGAGGAGGAUCACAGCAUCAGUCAAGAGGAGCUUGGAGGGUGGGAGGAGUUCCCACAUAUUUUUGUAUCUGUGAAGAGCAAAGAUGAAGACGACAGUGAAGGUGAGGAGGAGAGAGAGGCGGAGCCUCCAACAGAAGCUGAUGGAGACCACUGUGGAGGAUCACCAGCAGACAAGCUCUUAGCUCCACUAUCAGAUAGUGAGCACACGACGUCACACUCUCCUGACACUGAUGAUGAUGAUGAUGAAGACUCUACAGCUGAUAUGACAUGUCACCCUGACAACACACGCUUGAAAUGCCACCACUGUGACAAGAGCUUUGGCAACAAGAAAACUCUGAUGAGACACAUGGUCUGUCACGCUGACAGAAAGUGGAAAUGCUCUCAAUGUGGCAAAGCUUUCAACCGCAAGUCAUCUUUGGAAAGGCACACGAGGAUCCACACAGGAGAAAAACCGUACACCUGCUCAGUUUGUUGUCAUGCGUUCUCUCAAAACUCAAGUUUGACAGCACACAUGAGAAGACACACCGGAGAGAAACCUUUUCCUUGUCCAUUCUGUGAUUUACGCUUUGUAUCGAGUCAACAUAUGAAAACCCACGCAAGAAUACACACUGGGGAAAAACCAUAUGUCUGUUCAGUCUGUGGCACACGCUUUGUACAAAGUCAAAAUUUGAAAACGCACAUGAGAAGACACACAGGAGAAAAACCAUAUUCCUGUUCAAGAUGCAACAGAAGCUUUUCUGACCGAACAACAUUUAUAAGACACACAAGACGACACACGGGAGAGAAGGUGUUUAGCUGCAGUGUGUGUGGGGAAAGGUUCUCCUAUAAGUACCAGCUUAACAAUCACACCUGUGCUGCUGAGAACACCACCGGCACAUGAAGCUGCAGGACUUGAACUCACCUGUCAAGACUAAUAACUUUGUGACAUCACCCCAUAACACGUGACAUCAUCAUCAUCAACAUGCUUCUGCCACUGAAAUACAAUUAAAAUUUGGGAGAAAAGCUGUACCUUUUCAUUUGAUUAAAUUGUCAUCUUUAGCUGAGAGGAUGAAAGCUUUUCAGAACAAUUUUAUGAUUUUGUUCAUAACUUGAAUGAACAAAAUGUGUUGAUGCAUGCUGCAUUGAGGGAGUCCGGUUUGGAGGCUGCGGCGUUGGGUUUUUCUGGCUUCUGUGGUCUUGCUGGCUUCAUGAUGUCCAGCUCUCACUCCAUCGAUUCACAGUCAAUGUGAAGCGGCGGGGAGGAAAAUCAACACUUGAAAGUCAGAGUCCAAGGUUCUCACCUGGAAAAGAGGGGAUGAGCUCCUCCCCCUGGUGGAGCAGUUCAAGCACCCCGGGGUCUUGUUCACAAGUGAGGGAAGCUUGUAUUGCGAGGCGGACAGGCGGAUCGGUGUGGUGUCUCCAUUGAUGCUGACUCAACACAUGACAACAGAAGCUGAUGGAGGAUCACCAGCAGACAAGCUCUUCACUCCACCAUCAGAUAGUGAGCAGACACCCAACAUCCAGGGAUGGGACACUGCGAUGGUGACAUCUUCUCAGUGCCUAGGUGUUCAUCUGAACCAUAAGCUGGACUGAACUGACAACAUGUACUUUACACAAAAAGACUCAGGGGGCUCUCACGAAGACCUUCUAUGACUCUGUGACAGCAGUCUUCUGUGGUGUGGUCUGCUGGGGGAGCAACAUCACGGCAGCUGACAGGAAGAAGCUGGACAAGCUGAUCAAGAAGGUCAGCUCUGUCCUGGGGUGUCGUCUGGAACAGGUGGAGGAGGUGGGCAAGCUGUCCGUCAUGAUGCACAACAUAACUUCUUGACUUGGCACUGGGUUAGGGUUAGGGUUCUUGUAUGCCCUUGUGGGACUAAUAAAGGCAA